AUGGAGCCUAUCAAACCCACGGCCACCCUAACAGGCAAGAUCCGCGAAUCUGCCGACGACGGAGAUGCGGCGAGCGGAACUAUCGGCAGCCUCCCGUUCCACCUCACGGAGAAGAUCCUCGGCUGCAUCAGCCCGCUCGAGUCGGUGCGGUUCGCCGCCGUCUGCAGGUCCUGGGCGGAGAUCAUCUCCGAGCGGCUAGCGAGACCCACCCCGCACCUGUUCGCGCUCGAGGUCCUCGACGAGGGCCUCCGCGGGGCGAUCUUCUCCAUUCCGAUCGAUGACGGCGGGGAGGACUCGCCCGCGCCGGUGGUCCCGGCCCGGCUGCCGAGCACUGUCAGCGACGCGAAACAUUUUGAGCUAUGUGGCGUCCUGCCCAGCGGCAGAAUCUCCUUUGCGUACAAGAGCAGCCUCGUCCUCGUCAAUCCCGCCACCGGCGCGGUCCGGGGCAUUCAGACGUACGCCCAUCGGAUCAUGUAUCCGACUGAACCUAUGUUUUGCAGCGGCGCCGAGGCCUUCUUCAUUGGCCAGAGUUUCGGGAGGAACUUCUCUCUCUGGUGGUGCACGGAGGGGGAGUGGUCCGAGCGGAAGCUGCUCCUGCCUGAAGACCUCAAAUGUGCCGACGACAUUGAUCUAGUGGCCUACAGCGACGGCGUCUUCUAUGCCAUGCAAAUUUUCGGCUCAACGUACACCAUUGACACUCGUGCGCCGAUGCCGUGGCGCCUGACAAGGCUCAGUGUGCCGAGCAUUCGCGAGCAGCUCGGAGACCGCUUCAUCCGGAACUUCCACCUGCUCGAGUCGGAAGGGGAAGUCAUGUUUGUCGUUCGGGUGCUCGCAACACAAGAACCCACAUACUCCAAUUCCUUCGGUGGCUAUGAGGUGUAUAGGCUAGAUGUCGAGGGGGCGCGAUGGGUGAAAGUGGAGAGGCUUGCUGGUGACCGGGCGCUUUUCGUGAGUGGGGAAUCAUCGUUUGCGGUCCGUGCCUCCGAGACUCCAGGGUGCAUGAGCAACUGCAUCUACUUUGUGGUUGAGGUCUACGAGUGCUGCUACGUCACCUGGGGCGUCUACUCCAUGGAGGAGCGGAAGGUGCUGUUUCAACGCCAUGUUGGUGGUUCUCCGGGAAAGUACGACGCCGCGCGGUGGUUCCUCCCUGGUGUUAUGGUGCCACUUGCACAUCGAGGAAAAAAGAGAAAAAAUCCAAUCUCUUCAGAAUGUCAGGAGGAGGAUGGGAGGUAA